UUACAGGUUGCGGACCCCUGGCUUAAAUGUAGCUUUGGGUUUUUGAAAUGUUUCAAUUCGUUCACAGUUCUUAGGCCGGUUGUCAGACGUCCUUCAACCAAACAAAGGGGCACCAGAAAUUCCCAAAAAAACUCAAUAUCAACACCAUGAGCAGAGAAGAAUGGAGCAUCCAUAAUGUGACCUUUAAGCUCUGAGCUGUAAAUGUUCAGUGCAACAAUUAAAAUGUUUUAUGCGACUUACAGCUGCUUUUUUUAAGGUCAUGUUAAAAUGUCGGCCUGCAGGAGUUAAUGAGAUGGCUGAAUUGAAGAGAAUGAAUGCGUGUGAGGGAGGAGGAUCCAGUUUCUCCCAGUGAGGGAUCACUUUGACUGCCGUGGAUUCGGUUUCUCCAUCCCUGUUGACUCUUGCUUCAUGGACAACCGUCGCUCUCUACAAUUUCUUAUUUGCACCUUUAUGAUCUUUUAAUGCUUUCCAGCUUCCAGCUAAACUCAUGGUGAUCUCCACGUUGCACCGCGGCGUCGUGUUACCUUCCUUGGGGCGUAAUGGCCUCAUAAGAUGCCUUCGCUGUGGAAACGGAUAACAUUCUCGGUCGCCUCGGUGCUGUGUAUCGCCUCGGUGGCCCUGCUUGUCGUGGCCCUGGCCACAGAGAAGUGGGUCACUGGCCGGAUCCUGUGCAAGACGGGGGCAGAGAUAGUGAACGCGUCCCACCCAGAGAUGGACCAAUUCAUCGGUGACAUUUACUACGGUCUGUUCCAGGGAGGAAAGACCAAAAAGUGCGGGCUAGGAAACAGGCGUUCCAAAAUAUACAUUUUUCCCAAUCUGGUGAAGACAUUGAAUGGUGGCCUUCACAUGAUGGUGAUCCUUUUCCUGCUGGUGGCUGUGGGUUUUGCACUGGUCAGUCUGUCCUUUUGCAUUUAUAAUGCACGCAAGGUUCCAUACCAGAGCAUCAAAGGUCACAAGGGACUCUAUCUGUGGAACUUCAUAGCUGCUUUUUUUGCCUCCCUGGCUGAUUUGUGUUUCCUGGCUGCCGUGAGACAUCACAGUCUGACAGAGCGGGUGGCAAACUACAAAGAAAACCUUUUUGUUCUUGUCGUUCUGGGCGACUCUCUGGACUGGUCUUUCUGGCUUGGUGUUGGCAGCAUUGGGACUCACUUUGCCGUCUGUGGAGUGGUUGCCAUGAGUCGCAUUAAGCUCCCCAAACCAGAGAUGAAGAAGCCGGAAGAACCCACUGUGUCUUCAGUGGACCUGCUCUACUGAGGAACAGAUUAGUCAUCGGUUGUUUUUCCCUAACCUGUGGCUGAAAAGAGUAACGCACAACGCUGAGAGGAGACUGCGACCCAUUCUGUGCCAAUGACCUUUUUAGUGAGCUGUGUGGUUGUUUGCCUGAGAGCAGCCUCAUCCCAACUGUUCAUGCAAAUUCUGUCAAGAUUUUUAAAUAAAAACACGUCUCUCGAA